AUGGCUCUAAAUCCGGCUACCCUCCUCCCGGAUGACGACGACCCAAUUGAGCCUGUCCAUGACUGCCUCAAAACAAUCGAGACUCUCCAAGGCCUCCGGCUGGACCUGACUGGUGUGCCCUGGACAGAACCUAAUGAAAUGCUGUUCACUGAUGGAAGCAGUUUCAUCUCCAAUGGAAUCAGACAUGGGUGGGACCCAAACACGAACCAAGAUCAACCCCUAAAAACCAUGGCUCUAAAUCCGGCUACCCUCCUCCCGGAUGACGACGACCCAAUUGAGCCUGUCCAUGACUGCCUCAAAACAAUCGAGACUCUCCAAGGCCUCCGGCUGGACCUGACUGUGUCCGGGAACUUGACUUUCCGCAAACGCAGUGACCCAUUGGCCAAAGGCUUCUUCCGGAGCCCCCAGCACGUGGCCCGCCAGGAAGGGCAGAGCAGGGCGGGACCGCGGAGGGCGGCGCGGCGACCAGGCGGGACCCCUCCCCGGGCCGAGCCGGCGGCGGCGCGGACUACAGCUCCCGGCAUGCGCGACGCGCCACGUCCGAGGAGCCGGAGGCGGGAGGACCUGGCGGGAGGACGGGAGGAGGAAGAGGAUGCGACAGAUGAAACUGGGGCCUACCUCAUUGACCGUGACCCCACCUACUUCGGGCCCAUCCUGAACUUUCUCCGGCAUGGCAAGCUGGUGCUGGACAAGGACAUGGCUGAGGAGGGGGUCCUGGAGGAAGCUGAGUUCUACAACAUCGGCCCACUAAUCCGCAUCAUCAAAGACCGGAUGGAGGAGAAGGACUACACAGUCACCCAGGUCCCACCCAAGCACGUGUACCGUGUGCUGCAGUGCCAGGAGGAAGAGCUCACGCAGAUGGUCUCUACCAUGUCUGAUGGCUGGCGCUUCGAGCAGCUGGUAAACAUUGGCUCCUCCUACAACUACGGCAGUGAGGACCAGGCAGAGUUCCUGUGCGUGGUGUCCAAGGAGCUCUACAGCUCCCCACACGGGCUGAGCUCCGAGUCCAGCCGCAAGACCAAGAGCACGGAGGAGCAGCUGGAGGAGCAGCAGCAGCAGGAGGAGGAGGUGGAGGAGGUGGAGGUGGAGCAGGUGCAGGUGGAGGCAGAUACACAGGAGAAAGCCCAGUCAUCUCAGGAUCCCGCUAACCUUUUCUCCCUCCCACCACCGCCUCCUCCUCCUCCGCUUCCUGCUGGAGGUUCCUGUCUGCACCUCUCGGAGCUGAGGCCAAGCUUGAGCUUGCCGCGAGGGCCUCUCCUCGGCCCCUCGCCCACCCCCAGAGCCGCUGCCCCUGCUGUUACAAGCCAGAGGCACCCGGAUGUGAGGCCCCAGAUCACCUCCAGGGACUUGGGGUUCCGAUCUGAAAUCCUUUAUUUUUGUACCACGGGUGGGCCCCUGGCCCAAGAUGGAAGAAGUGCUCCCCCCACCACCUCUGUCUGCACCUGCGUGCUGUGAUUCACCCCUACCUCCAGGGGCGGGUGGGGGCCCACUGGAACUUCUUAAGGCCUGAGCUGGGUGCUGGGACCCCUGGGCAGAACCAUCUGCAUGGCCACAUGUGGCGCUGUCCAGCUGUCUCUCCCAGGCCCCUUGUCCCCUCUCCGGGCCCCCUGCUGCAUGGCGAUGCACGCCCUCCCAGCUGAGUCACACCACCUCCUUGAGCCUUAGUCUCCUUGUCAGUCCAGUGCAGUGACUCCUUCCACCUACCUCACAGGGUUGUCGUGAGGCUGCAAAGAGAGGCAAGGACCCCACAAGCCCUGGGAGAGGGUAUAGGGUUGCCCUCCCUUCACCUGCCCUGGGAGGGGGAAGGACCCAGUCUGAUGCCCCCAGGCAGGACCCUGUUUGCAAACAGAUUCAGGUUUGGGUCGGUGGUGAAGGGUGCGGGGAUUUGGCCCUGCCAGAAGGAGGGAUGGAAGGAGGGGUGUGUGACUUGGCCUUCACCCUGGCUGCCCCCUGCCACCCAUUCACACUGCUGGCAGAGUGCUCUGGCUGGGGGGGGAGGGGGAGCGGUGGCUCAGCAGGGGCAGUGGAGUGACUCAGGAACUUGUGAGAAGGAGAGGGGGACAUCUCCCCUCUGCCCGAGAAUCUGGGGGUGGCAGGGGCUGAGCGACGGGCCCCUCCGGUGUUUAUGGCCUCCCAGGACAGGUACUUGCUUCUCAACUGUGUCCAACCCUCCAUGUAAUAAAACCUGAAUAAAGCCCGGC